CCUAGGUUAACAUAUCUGGGUCCUUCCAACACUGGCGAGAAGUAAAGUAUGUUGUCCCCAUUUUGCUAAUGGCAGGGGGUGGGCAUUGACGUUCCCAGGGGUAGAGCCGUAAAAAGCCGAGUCGGAUUCUGAUUCAAGUCAGGCUUGAGGGUGGGCUGGCUCUUGCGUGGCUGGGAGAGACAUGUCGUCAUCAUCAUGAUGUUAAGUCUGUCGGGACAUUGUUUUCUCAGGGGCUGAACCUGCAGGACAAAGUGGCCCGUGCCUGAGGGUGUCUAGUGGAGCAUUCUGUUCCUGCAUGCUUUAUUGUAUAAAACAUUUCUAACCGUACUAACUUCCUUGUGGUGUCCAAGAAAUAAGACAGCCUCUAGGAAGAACUUUGCCCCUUUUAUUGCACCAGUGCUGCACGAACAUUGACGAGAGGGUGGGGCUGGGGUUCAGGAAGAAAUAAAUACACAAUAUGGGCCCUGAGUUAGGGUUUCUCCGAGCACCCCCGACCCCAACCCAGAAUGCAGAGGCCAUGGUGCAGCCAGGCAGUUGGGCGUCAAGGACUGAUCUGCAUUAAAUGGGCGAGACUCAGGUAUUCAUUGGCCAGCCAGCAAGGGGAGCGAUGAUAGCCAGGGUGGCAUGAAACAGCCGUGAGCUGGCAAACGUCCCCUCCCUGGGAGCCCAGUGGUGUGACCAGGCGAGCCAGCCAGGCUGUGUUUAAGGCAGACAAAAUGGGCUUUAUGGGUUGGUAAGAAAAGAGGACCCGCCGAUUCUGAAGAGUGGAGAGGAAAUGCCUGCGUAUUCCUUUAGGAUGGGGAGCAGAUAAUAACAGAAGAGAUUCCCAGGUGAUUGCAAAUAAAGGAACAUUUUAACACGCCAGGAAAAUCAUGUCUGCCUACUACCGGAAUAACGCCUAUGAGGAAGAUCCAGAUGCUGCUUACUAUUCCGGGUCUCAGAACCAUCCUCGGGGAUAUUUGAACACUCCAAACUAUCCAGAACCUCCAGAUCCUCUGAACAACCCAGACUACCCCAGCACCAGGAGGAACCCAUACUCUGCAGAUUCCAGAACAGGUCCAGACUAUCCUGGGUCUCUAGCAGAACCAGAUUAUCCUGGAUCUCAGAGGAAUCCAGACUACCCAGGCAACAGGCACAAUCCCUAUGCUGCAGACUCCAGAAGUUCAGACUAUCCCGCCUCUUGGGCAGAGCCAGAUUAUCCUGGAUCUCCGCCCAAUCCAUACCACUCAGGCCCAUCCAGAGAGCCAGACGACUCUGCCUCUCAACGCAAUCCUGCUUUCGCAGGUUCCAGGAGCAGUGGAAAUUAUGCAGGCUCCAGAACAAAUCCAGAUUAUCUGGGCUCCCUGGGAGAACCAGACUACCCUGGAGCUCAGGGAAACACUACCUCUCCCGGCCCCAGCGCCAAAUCCAACCAGCCAGGCUCCAGAAGGAAUCCAGAAUCUGCGGGUUCUAGAAUCAAUCCGUACAUAGACGCUCUGGGACAGCCUGAUUAUCCAGGUGCUGAGAAUCAACCUGAUCCUCCAAACUUUUGGGGGGAACCAGACUAUCCUGAUGCUGAGGACUAUCGCCAUGCUCCAAACUUGUGGGGGGAGCCUGAUUACCCAGGAGCUGAGAAUGGCUCUUCUGAGAAUCCAGAAAUGAACAGGGAAAUGCUCAGCAGAACAUCUUCCAUCCGGCCCUCUUUUCACCGUGGAGGUGACGGCCCCUUGGGCAUCCUUGGGAGAGAAGAUGGAGAUAACCCUGAAAACAUUGAAAUGACAUCCAUGGAGAUGGCAAAUCCAUACAGCCACUCUGUGCCAGGUGCUCCUGACCGUGGCUAUGUGAACCCUGCUUAUGUGGGUGACGAUGGCCGGGGCCAAGCUGACAGAGACCCACCAUUAUCGGGACAUGAUUGGUUCAAGUCUCCCCAAGGACAAAAAUUAAUCGCCUCCCUGAUUCCCAUGACUUCUAGAGACAGAAUUAAAGCCAUCAGGAAUCAGCCAAGGACCAUGGACGAGAAAAGGAACCUUAGGAAAAUAGUUGAAAAAGAGAAAAGCAAGCAGUCUCGUCGUAUCCUGGAGCUCACCUGCUGUGCUCAGUGCCUAAACUCCAUGUCGCUGACAUACCGGAGAGUCAAGAACAGCCUGUCCGAACUCCUCCAUUCCAUCAACCUCUGGCAGAAGACGUUCAAGGUCAUCAGAGGCAAGUUCGGCACCAGCGUCCUCUCCUAUUUCAACUUUCUGAGAUGGCUUUUGAAGUUCAACGUUCUCGCGUUCGUUGUGACCUUCAGUUUCAUCAUAAUCCCUCAGUUAACCGUGGCCCCAAAGAACCACCUCCAAUUCACUGGACUGGAAUUUGUAACCGGGGCGGGUUAUUUUAGCGACACAGUGAUGUACUAUGGCUUUUACACCAAUUCGACCAUCCGGCACGGGGACGGCGGGGCCUCCUACAACAUGCAGCUGGCCUACAUCUUCACCAUCGGAGCGUAUUUGGUCACCUGCUUUUUCAGUUUGCUGUUCAGCAUGGCCAGGUAUUUCCGGAACAACUUCAUAAACCCCCAUGUUUACUCCCGAGGGAUUGCUAAACUCAUUUUUUGCUGGGAUUUCACCGUUACGCAUGAAAGUGCUGUAAAGCUGAAACAGAAGAAUCUGAGCACUGAGAUACAGGAGAACCUGUCAGAAAUCCGCCAGGAGAAUGUCAAGUUAACAUUCAAACAGCAGUUGGUCCACUUCUCUGCCCACCUGGCAGCCUGGGUUGUGUCUACGGGAGUGGCCAUUGCCUGCUGUGUGGCUGUUUAUUACCUGGCUGAGAAUAACUCAGAGUUCCUGGCGAACCACAGGGACCCCGGGGCGGUGCUGUUACUGCCUUUUGUUGUGUCCUGCAUCAACUUGGCUGUGCCUCGGUUCUACUCCAUGUUCAGGCUGGUGGAGCAUUAUGAGAUGCCAAGGCACGAAGUCUACAGCCUCCUGAUCCGGAACAUCUUUCUGAAAAUAUCAAUCAUUGGAAUUCUUUGUUACUAUUGGCUGAACAUCGUGGCCUUGGCUGGUGAAGAGUGUUGGGAAACCCUCAUUGGCCAGGAAAUCUACCGGCUCCUUCUGAUGGAUUUUGUGUUCUCUUUAGCUGAUUCCUUGCUGGGGGAGUUCCUGAGGAGAAUCAUUGGGACGCGGUUUAUCAGAAGUCUCGGCUUACAGGAGUUUGACAUUGCCAGGAAUGUCCUGGAACUGAUCUACGCACAGACUCUGGUGUGGAUUGGAACCUUCUUCUGCCCUCUGCUGCCCUUUAUCCAAAUGAUUACUCUCUUCAUCAUGUUUUAUGUCAAAAAUAUCAGCCUGAUGAUGAACUUCCAGCCUCCGAGCAAAGCCUGGCGGGCCUCACAGAUGAUGACUUUUUUCAUCCUAUUACUCUUCUUCCCGUCUUUAAUCGGGGUCCUGUGCACCCUGGCCAUCACCAUCUGGAGGUUGAAGCCUUCCGCCGGCUGUGGCCCGUUUCGAGGUCUGCCCUUCUUCAUUCAGUCCAUCUACAGCUGGAUCGACACCCUGAGUAAAAGGCCCAGCUACCUGUGGGUCGUUUGGAUCUACCAGAACCUCAUCGGAAGCGUGCACUUCUUCUUCAUCCUCACCCUCAUCGUGUUAAUCAUCACUUACCUUUACUGGCAGAUCACAGAGGGAAGGAAGAUUAUGAUCAGACUGCUCCAUGAACAGAUCAUCAAUGAGGGCAAAGACAAAAUGUUCCUGAUAGAAAAGUUACUCAAGCUGCAGGAUACAGAGAAGAGAGCAAACUCCACCUCAUUCAGGCUGGAAGGGAGAGACUCGGAGCAGUCGGGCUCUCUGCGUGUCAGGGAACACAUCGAUGCUAGAGACCUGCGAUUCAGGCGAUCAGUUCAAGAAGAUAAUCCGAAAGCCUGAUGAUUCUUGUGGUACCCAGACAGCAACCACAUAAAGGAAAGACGAGAAGGAUGGACCGGCUUCCUCCAGACACCUGGCCCUUUAGAAGCCUCCCGGAUGGGAAAUUCCAAGCCUUUAGCCAGGAGUGGAAACUGAUUUGACGUCAAUACUGGUGUAAAAUUGAGUAGUCCCUGCUGGUUCUUUUAUACCUGAAUAGCUGACUUUGUCAGACAAAAAUAUUUGAGAUUUUCCACUAAAGACUGUUGUUGUAUGUGAACAAAUUCACAAAAUGGGAAGAGAUAUGCCAAGAAUGAUGUCAUUUAUCUUUAAGAGAUAUACUUAUGAAUGAUUGAUCCUUAGAAAUCCCUCCUCCCAGAACACCCAGACCUGGCAAAGGUUUGCAAACAGGUACUCAGACAAGUGGUCCAGCCUGAAUAAAAAUGUGACCCUCAAUCAGGGACGUGCAGCCUCUCACUUGUGGAAUUUGCAUUUUCGUUCAAGACUUUGAACUGAAAACAGCCUCUUGUUACCCAAAGGUGAAAUACACCCAGAGGUCUGCUCUGUGACUC